GUUUAUUUUAUAGAGUAAGACAGAAUGAAUAAAGAAAAAUUUUAACUAACGGAUCAAUCGUUGGAGUAAUAAACAAGUAUCUAUGCAUUCGUUUCCCGAAAGUAGAACUAAUCCUCCCAUUGCGUAUUGGUACUUAUCGGGUAUAGAAUAGAUCUGCUUCUCUUUGUUCUUACGAACAGAAUUGUUCCAUUAUUUUCAAUGGAACGGAAUAAAAAUUAACCCUUUCUCAUACGGAAUCUACUGAAAAGGUUAGAUACAUAGUAUAGUCUUUUCCAAUGCGAUAAAAUAAAGUGACAUAGUGUCUAUUUUUCUUUGAUAAAGGGGUAUUUCCAUGGGUUUGCCUUGGUAUCGUGUUCAUACUGUCGUAUUGAAUGAUCCCGGUCGAUUGCUUUCUGUCCAUAUAAUGCAUACAGCCCUAGUUGCUGGUUGGGCCGGUUCGAUGGCUUUAUACGAAUUAGCGGUUUUUGAUCCCUCUGACCCCGCUCUUGAUCCAAUGUGGAGACAAGGUAUGUUCGUUAUACCCUUCAUGACUCGUUUAGGAAUAACCAAUUCGUGGGGUGGUUGGAGUAUUUCAGGAGGAACUGUAACGAAUCCCGGUAUUUGGAGUUAUGAAGGUGUGGCAGGGGCACAUAUUGUGUUUUCUGGCUUGUGCUUCUUGGCAGCUAUCUGGCAUUGGGUGUAUUGGGACCUAGAAAUAUUCUGUGAUGAACGUACGGGCAAACCAUCUUUGGAUUUGCCUAAGAUCUUUGGAAUUCAUUUAUUUCUCUCAGGGUUGGCUUGCUUUGGCUUUGGCGCAUUUCAUGUAACAGGUUUGUAUGGUCCUGGAAUAUGGGUGUCCGAUCCUUAUGGACUAACUGGAAAAGUACAACCCGUAAGUCCAGCGUGGGGCGCAGAAGGCUUUGAUCCUUUUGUUCCCGGAGGAAUAGCCUCUCAUCAUAUUGCAGCGGGUACAUUGGGCAUAUUAGCAGGCUUAUUCCAUCUUAGUGUCCGUCCGCCUCAACGUCUAUACAAAGGAUUACGUAUGGGCAAUAUUGAAACUGUACUUUCCAGUAGUAUCGCUGCUGUUUUUUUUGCAGCUUUCGUUGUUGCUGGAACUAUGUGGUAUGGUUCAGCAACUACCCCAAUCGAAUUAUUUGGUCCCACUCGUUAUCAGUGGGAUCAGGGAUACUUUCAGCAAGAAAUAUAUCGAAGAGUUAGCGCCGGACUAGCCCAAAAUCUGAGUUUAUCGGAAGCUUGGUCUAAAAUUCCCGAAAAAUUAGCUUUUUAUGAUUACAUUGGUAAUAAUCCAGCAAAAGGGGGAUUAUUCAGAGCAGGGUCAAUGGACAACGGGGAUGGAAUAGCUGUUGGGUGGUUAGGACACCCCGUCUUUAGAGAUAAAGAAGGGCGCGAGCUUUUUGUACGUCGUAUGCCUACCUUUUUUGAAACAUUUCCGGUAGUUUUGGUAGAUGGAGACGGAAUUGUUAGAGCCGAUGUUCCUUUUAGAAGGGCAGAAUCAAAGUAUAGUGUUGAACAAGUAGGUGUAACUGUUGAGUUCUAUGGUGGCGAACUCAAUGGAGUCAGUUAUAGUGAUCCUGCGACUGUAAAAAAAUAUGCUAGACGUGCCCAAUUAGGUGAAAUUUUUGAAUUAGAUCGGGCUACUUUGAAAUCUGAUGGCGUUUUUCGUAGCAGUCCAAGGGGUUGGUUCACUUUUGGCCAUGCUACGUUUGCUUUGCUCUUCUUUUUCGGACACAUUUGGCAUGGCGCUAGAACCUUGUUCAGAGAUGUUUUUGCUGGCAUUGAUCCAGAUUUGGAUGCUCAAGUGGAAUUUGGAGCAUUCCAAAAACUUGGGGAUCCAACUACAAAGAGACAAGUAGUCUGAUACAACAUUGCUCUGGUAUCUUUCGCCUCUUUUUUUGAUUUGACAUAGGGUUAGGGUACUGAAGAAAUCUUGACUUGAAUCACCAUCUUUUCUUUGACUCUUUCCUUUUCUUUAUAUGGUAAAUGAUGCCAAAUGAAUAGGUGUGGAAGCUAUAAUUGUAAACCACGAUCGAAUCUAUGGAAGCAUUGGUUUAUACAUUCCUUUUAGUCUCGACUUUAGGGAUAAUUUUUUUCGCUAUCUUUUUUCGAGAACCGCCUAAGGUUCCAACUAAAAAAUGAAAUAAUUUUUCAUUAUCUCAGUUGAAGUAAUGAGUCUCCCCAUAUGGGAGGCUCAUUACUUCAACUAGUCCCCGUGUUCUUCGAAUGGAUCUCUUAGUUGUUGUGAGGGUUGCCCAAAAGCGGUAUAUAAGGCGUACCCAGUAAAGCUUACAAGUAAACCAGAUAUGAAGAUGGCGACUAGGGUUGCUGUUUCCAUUUUUAGACAAUUUCAAGAUCACAAUGGAUCUACGAUAAGAUCGUUUAUUUACAACUACAACGGAAUGGUAUACAAAGUCAACAGAUCUCAACCAAUGAUUAAAUAGGAUUUAUGGCUACACAAACCGUUGAGGAUAGUUCUAGAUCUGGGCCAAGACAAACUACUGUAGGGAAUUUAUUGAAACCAUUGAAUUCGGAAUAUGGUAAAGUAGCUCCGGGCUGGGGGACUACACCAUUAAUGGGAGUCGCAAUGGCCCUAUUUACGGUAUUCCUAUCUAUUAUUUUGGAAAUUUAUAAUUCUUCCGUUUUACUGGAUGGAAUUACAAUGAGUUAAGUUUAUAAGAACUUUGAAGUCCUAGUUUUCAAUCAAAAAAAUUACUUUACUUAAAACUCGGAUUUCUAGACCAUUCUGGUAGUUCGACCGUGGAAUUUAUUUGUUUCGGUAUCUCCGGAAUAUGAGUGUGUGACUUGUUAUAAUUGAUCCUAUUGAUAAUACAGAGAAUGGUCCUGUUAUCUCUAUCGAGAUGAUUCUAUUUCGUCGGAUAGUUAUUCUAGUAUCUGGAGCACGGAAUAUAUAUAGAAUAUAGAAUAGAUUAAUAAAAGAAAUAUUAAAACUAUGAUUCAUACCUACUAUUCAGACCUCGCAACCGGACUCAGAAAUUUUCAAAUAGAUAUUUCCUAAAUCAAACGAUUUUUCUUCCUUCGGACUUAUUUUUUUCUUGACCGAAGGACAACUCUUUUUCUAGAUUUUGUUGAGUCAUUACAUUCAUCGAAUAAGUGAUCAUCAAAGGGUUCUUACUCAGAGAACCUUUGAGUUUAGCUUGAGGCUUUGCUUUAUUAAAUUAAAUCAUCGUGGUUCUAGUAUGAAUCUGGGGUUUCAAUUGAUUCAUAGGGUCUCAACAAGCAAAUUCCUAUCAAUAGUAAAACAAGAAUCAAUCCGCAUUACACAAAAAAACAAGAAAUAAAAUAACAAAUAAAAAAAUAGGGAAGAGAAGAUUCAAAAGGCCUGUAAUGAUCAACAUCAAAAGAGACAGAUGAGCCAACUUGAUAUUUUGAGGCAUUAUCAUACAAAGAAGAAAUUUCUUAUUUUUGUUACUUCGUAUCUUCGGGUCGGGGCAAAUCAAGCGGCUAAGCUAAGAAGUUUUUAACUUUCUAUUACAUAUCCGUUGAAAUCAGCAUUUGUGUGUUUCUGCUUGAGCCGUACGAGAUGAAAUUUUCAUAUACGGUUCUCAGAGGGGGAGUCCCUUGGCCUUGGUUACCUAUCUCAAUAAAGUAUAUGAUUGGUUUGAGGAACGUCUUGAGAUUCAGGCGAUUGCAGAUGAUAUAACUAGUAAAUAUGUUCCUCCUCAUGUCAACAUAUUUUAUUGUUUAGGGGGGAUCACACUUACUUGUUUUUUAGUACAAGUAGCUACAGGUUUUGCUAUGACUUUUUACUACCGUCCAACCGUUACAGAGGCUUUUUCCUCUGUUCAAUACAUAAUGACCGAGGCCAACUUUGGUUGGUUAAUCCGAUCAGUUCAUCGAUGGUCAGCAAGUAUGAUGGUUCUAAUGAUGAUCUUGCACGUAUUUCGUGUGUACCUUACAGGUGGAUUUAAAAAACCCCGCGAAUUAACUUGGGUUACAGGUGUAGUUUUGGCUGUAUUGACGGCAUCUUUUGGUGUAACUGGUUAUUCCUUACCUCGGGACCAAAUUGGUUAUUGGGCAGUAAAAAUUGUGACAGGCGUACCUGAAGCUAUUCCCGUAAUAGGAUCGCCUUUGGUAGAGUUAUUACGCGGAAGUGCUAGUGUGGGCCAAUCCACUUUGACUCGUUUUUAUAGUUUACACACUUUUGUAUUGCCUCUUCUUACUGCCGUAUUUAUGUUAAUGCAUUUUCCAAUGAUACGUAAGCAAGGUAUUUCGGGUCCUUUAUAGAAUCAUAGAUAUUUGUAAUUGAUCAUAUAUCAUACUGGGGAGGAACGAUAGACAAUAAUAUUUCAUUGCUAGAAAUAUGGAUUAUUGAAAAAAUAAGACAUGUUAUUUGGAUACUUUUCUUCAACUUCGAGGUAUUGUAUUCCUUAUUUGAUACGAAUAGUUGAAGUGAAUUUUCCGAAGAGAGGAUGGAUUAUGGGAGU